AUGGAAAAUUCUCGCAACAACACCGAUGAUGUAGCAGCCGAUACACGGGCUGCUCUGGGCGGCAACGGCGGAGCACGAUACGUGCCACCGCAUUUGCGCCGCUCUAAAACACAGCAACAAUCGCAGAACCACAGCGAGGCAUCGCCACGCUUCCCCGAUCCCAUGUCACCACGUAUGGACAGCAACAGUGGUACCAGCAGCUACAGCAGAGCAGCUGCCCUCUCCGAUGACACUACACGACGUGUCCCUCAGGCAUUCCGUGGCCGAUCCACCGCUGUUAGACGAACUCUGCACGAUGAGCAACAGUGGGGUACGCAGCACCAAGGUGGAUUCCACCGCCAGGAUGUCCCGGAAGCUGUGCCUGAAACUCUGCACGAUGAGCAGCAAUGGGGUACGCAGCACCAAGGUGGAUUCCACCGCCAGGAUGUCCCGGAAGCUGUGCCUGAAAAUUCACGAUGGGCUGCACUUCGCGAUCCGAUUCCUGAGCGGCAGCAAAAAUGGACGGAGCAGACACCGCGCGAUGAACGACUCGAGUCCGAGUUGUUUGCUGGCAUGAACUCGGGAAUUAAUUUCGACAAGUAUGAAGAGAUUCCAGUUGAAGCAACAGGGCAAGAUUGCCCUCCACCGAUUGCACUGUUUGCGGAUCUGAAGCUCCAUCCAUGGAUUGAGGAGAAUAUUCGCCUGUCUGGCUAUGGUCGUCCAACGCCUGUGCAGAAGUAUUCGAUUCCAACGCUCAUGAACAAUCGAGAUUUGAUGUCGUGUGCACAGACUGGUUCCGGCAAAACGGCUGCUUUUCUGGUACCACUCAUCAAUAACGUCUUGCAAGCAGGCCCUGAAGCUCUUUUCAAGGUAUAUAAUGCACCAAAAAGGCCUUUACUUAUGGUUGUUACUUUUGCCGAUGUGCUACCAUCGCAGUACUCUCAAAUGCCUCGUAUCCUAGAACAAUCAACAACACAGCAGAACGGUCGCCGUCGCCAGUAUCCGGCAGCACUGAUUUUAUCGCCAACUCGUGAACUCUCGUUGCAAAUUUACAAUGAAUCGCGUAAAUUUGCCUAUCGCACACCAAUAACGUCUGCUUUGCUGUAUGGCGGCCGAGAAAAUUACCGUGAGCAAAUCAACAAAUUACGCUUGGGUGUGCAUAUACUGAUUGCGACGCCAGGCCGUCUGAUCGAUGUUAUGGAGCAAGGACUCAUUGGACUCGAUGGAUGUCGUUUUCUGGUACUGGACGAGGCGGACCGAAUGCUUGAUAUGGGCUUCGAGCCACAGAUCCGACAGAUUGUUGACUUAUCGCAAAUGCCUCCGAAGGGCAGUCGCGUUACGGCCAUGUUUUCGGCGACAUUUCCGAAGGAAAUUCAAGUGCUCGCCCAGGAUUUCUUGAUGCCGAACUAUGUGUUUCUGGCUGUGGGCCGAGUUGGAUCGACUUCUGAAAAUAUCAUGCAAAAAAUUGUUUGGGUUGAAGACCACGAAAAGAAAAGCUUCCUAAUGGAUUUGCUUGAUGCUGGAGGUAUUUUCCUAAAUCAAGAAUAUGAUUGA